AUGCAAGAAGAAAGGCAAAGGCUGGUGGCGGUGCCACGUGGCAUGGUUAGAGUGGAAGAGUGGUUUGGGGGUUUCAACAAAGAGGAAGAGAGAGCACAACAACUCUCUCUCUCCUGCCAUAUGUUGGCUGUAGAUUGGUGGCUUUGGUUGUAUUUAUUGUUUGUGGGUGCUGUGACAUACUCUGACUUGCUGUUGAUUGUGUAUGCUGCUGCUUUCUUACCUUUGAUGGAGAUUGUGUAUGAUUCUUCAGAUUCAGUCAGGAUUGCAAGUGGCAGUUUGGUUUUCAAAGAGGAGGCGAACUUUGUCCAUCCUGCUGAUGGAUACUUAAAUAAGAGGCAGUUUAUGGUGAUCAGGAAUAAUGUCGAUGCAGUGCCUAAAAUGCUUAACAGGAACUGGGUUUUAAAGCGUAAGCGAAGAAAGCUUCCUUUUGGGCCCGAUCAGUCCUCUGCUAAAGAGCAAUCCAACAGUAAAGAAGAAAAUUCACUAACAUCUGAAUCUUCUAGAAAUGCUUCAGCUAAACGUGCGCUAAAGACUGAAGUAGCUACAGAUCAAAUUUCAUCUAAGAAGAAAGGAAAUGAUGGGGAUAAAACUGGUGACUUGGCCUUGUCUCGUUCAGUUGGAAACAAUAUUUUUGUCGCUCUGCACUUCUGCCCAUUACCCUAUGUGUUCUGGCACUUUAACUGCAAGCUGGGCAUCCUGGCCUAUGUCUGUCUCAGACUGCUUGAGUUGAGAAGUCACACACUGCCGAUGUCUGGUGGCUUGGCAGAUUUAGUUAAGAUGUAUGUGUUAAAUUAUUACUAUGAAUGUGUGAUCUGCGAUGUUGGUGGCAACUUACUGUGCUGUGAUAGCUGUCCUCGCACUUAUCAUUUACAAUGUCUUGAUCCACCUCUUAAGCGCAUCCCUAAUGGGAAGUGGCAAUGUCCAAGUUGCUUUGAAGGGAAUGAUCAACUAAAGCCCAUAAACCAGUUGGAUUCAAUUUCAAAACGAGCAAGGACAAAGAUUGUCCCUGCAAAAUCAAAAGGUCAAGUUAACUCACUUAACCUUGAAAAAGUUUCUGGACUUUUUGGAAGUAAACUUAUUUCAAAGAAAAGGUCCUCAAGUAAAGGGAAAUCUAUUUCAACUAUGGGAGUCAAAUUCUUUGGAAAGAAAUUGUUGUCUUCCUCAGUUGAUGAAACUUGUGGUGACAAACCUAUUGACCCAUCUCUUGGGAGUCCUAUGGAAGGAACUUCGUCAUGUGUGGAUGCUGAUGAAAAGAAAUCAAGCUUGUCCCCAACAGACUCCCCUGUAGACAGGAAAUCAACUUCACCAGGCAAGGAAGUUUUAUUUCUCUCUAAAGUUACUGAGUUAGAAGCAAAUGAUGAACAUCUGGAGGGGAAGACUGAUUCAUCUUACAAUAAGACUCCUUUAAGAAAAACACUUGUUCUUGCUAUUGCUGCUAAUGGUGAAGAAGUGAGGAAAAGGAAGAAUAAAGUUGUUACUGACAGUGCUAGUCAGAAAAAGCAAAAAACUGAAAAGGGCAAAAAAAUUGCUAAUCCUUCUCCUAUAAAGUCCAAGUCUGGGAAUAAUAAAGCACACAAGAAGCAGAAGUCUAUAACCCAUAACAUUUCUGCAUCUUUACCAAAAGAUGAUGUUGGAAACAAGAAUUCUCAAGCCCAACAGAAAGAUGAGAAGUUCUCUCGUGUAAUGAAGGACACAUCAAAUGAACUGGAUAAAGCAGGAAAUCCUGUAGACGAAACUUUGAUGCACGAAGAUAGUGCUGUUGUUGAGUCUCUGCAGGUUGAUCGGGUUCUAGGGUGUCGAAUUCAUAGUGAGAAUACAAAUUCAUUUCAUAACUUGUCCUUGAAUGUUGAGGGUGGCUCACCUUCCGGUGCUCUGGUAGUAUCAGAAAAUCAGACCAGGCUACUAGAGGACAAUUCUGCUUGUCCUAAUGAUUUGGAUGAUGAAUCAACUGAAAAUCAUAUUGAUGAUCAAAAUGUCGUCAAGGGUUCUGAUGAAGAAGGAAAUUUGACAAACACUAAUAGAGUGGAAAAAAUUCAUGUAUACAGAAGAUCAAUAAUGAAAGAAAGUAAGAAAGGAAAUCCUGUAGAUUCAUUGAGUAAAUCCACUGAUGAUUUAGGUUCCUGUGCCAGGGAUGGUAAAGGUCAGGAUGAUUCUGCUGACCAGUUGAACAAACCAAAUGACAAGCUGGAGACAGAGGAGAGCAUUGAUGUUGCUUUACGAAGUGAGGAUAAUAGUGAGCUUCCAAAAAAUUGUGAAAGACAUCUCACUCUUGAAGCAAAACAAAAGGAAAUGAACGCAGAGAAGGGGAUGGGUGGCAGUAUUGAUGAUAAGGCUCAGAAUGCUAAUGUAGUUGAAUGUGCUGGUCCAAAUGGAGAGGAUGUUCUCUAUGAAUUUCUAGUUAAAUGGGUAGGAAAGUCUCAUAUUCAUGAUAGUUGGAUUUCUGAAUCCCAGUUAAAAGUUCUUGCAAAGAGAAAACUAGAAAAUUACAAGGCAAAGUAUGGGAUGACGAUUAUUAAUAUUUCCGAGGAGCGUUGGAAGCAGCCUCAGCGGGUGCUUGCCCUUCAAACUUCAAAACAUGGAACAUCUGAAGCAUUUGUAAAAUGGAGCGGACUGCCUUAUGAUGAAUGCACUUGGGAAAGUUUAGAUGAACCAGUGCUUCAAAAUAAUUCUCAUCUGAUUACACUUUUUAAUAAGCUUGAAACUCUCACGUUGGAAAGGGAUUCAUCAAAGGAAAAUUCAACUAGGAGAAACAAUGAUCAUCAAAAUGAUAUUUUCAAUCUUAUAGAGCAACCUAAGGAUUUGAAAGGUGGUUCUUUGUUUCCUCAUCAGCUUGAGGCUCUGAACUGGUUGCGUAAGUGCUGGUAUAAAUCCAAGAAUGUGAUACUUGCUGAUGAGAUGGGACUUGGGAAAACAGUAUCUGCUUGUGCUUUUAUUUCAUCAUUGUAUUUUGAAUUCAAAGUCUCACUUCCUUGCCUGGUCUUGGUACCGCUUUCUACAAUGCCUAAUUGGCUUGCUGAAUUUGCACUAUGGGCUCCAGAUGUGAAUGUUGUUGAAUAUCAUGGCUGUGCUAAAGCAAGAGCCAUAAUUCGCCAGUAUGAAUGGCAUGCAAAUGAUCCAAGUGGAUUGAAUAAGAAAACAGAAUCCUAUAAAUUUAAUGUGCUUUUAACUACAUAUGAAAUGGUUCUUGCUGAUUAUUCCCAUUUGCGUGGAGUUCCUUGGGAAGUUCUUGUUGUCGAUGAAGGCCAUCGACUUAAGAAUUCUGGAAGUAAGCUUUUCAGUUUGCUAAAUACAUUCUCCUUUCAACAUCGGGUACUGUUGACAGGUACCCCUCUCCAGAACAACCUUGGUGAGAUGUACAACUUACUUAACUUCUUGCAGCCAGCUUCAUUUCCUUCUCUAUCUUCAUUUGAGGAGAAAUUUAAUGAUCUUACGACUGCAGAGAAAGUUGAUGAAUUGAAAAAACUUGUUGCUCCUCACAUGCUUCGUAGACUUAAAAAGGAUGCCAUGCAAAAUAUUCCUCCCAAGACAGAAAGAAUGGUUCCUGUUGAGUUGUCAUCCAUUCAAGCUGAAUAUUAUCGUGCAAUGCUUACAAAGAAUUAUCAAAUAUUGCGGAAUAUUGGGAAAGGGGUUGCCCAACAGUCUAUGCUGAACAUUGUAAUGCAAUUGAGGAAGGUCUGUAAUCAUCCAUACCUCAUACCAGGAACUGAGCCUGAAUCUGGUUCUGUCGAAUUUCUUCAUGAAAUGAGAAUAAAGGCUUCAGCUAAGUUAACCCUUCUGCAUUCUAUGCUAAAGAUUUUACAUAGGGAAGGUCACAGAGUUCUUAUUUUCUCACAAAUGACCAAGCUUCUUGACAUUCUGGAGGACUAUUUGACUAUAGAAUUUGGGCCUAAAACAUAUGAGAGAGUAGAUGGAUCUGUUUCUGUAGCUGAUCGCCAGACAGCAAUUGCACGCUUUAACCAAGACAAAAGUCGAUUUGUUUUCUUGUUAUCAACUCGCUCUUGUGGACUUGGAAUAAAUUUGGCAACUGCUGACACUGUCAUCAUCUAUGAUUCUGAUUUCAACCCCCAUGCAGAUAUCCAAGCAAUGAAUCGAGCGCACAGAAUUGGACAAUCAAAUAGACUUUUGGUAUACCGGCUUGUGGUUCGUGCUAGUGUUGAAGAGCGCAUCUUGCAGCUUGCUAAAAAGAAAUUGAUGCUUGAUCAGCUAUUUGUAAAUAAGUCUGGAUCUCAAAAAGAAGUAGAAGACAUUUUAAAGUGGGGAACUGAGGAACUCUUCAAUGAUUCUCCUGGAUUGAAUGGGAAAGACAUGAGUGAAAAUAACAAUAAUAGUAAAGAUGAGGCAGUAGCCGAUGUAGAACAUAAGCAUAGGAAGAGGACUGGUGGUCUGGGAGAUGUAUACAAGGAUAAGUGUACUGAUAGCAGCAGCAAAAUUCUGUGGGAUGAAAAUGCUAUUUUAAAAUUGCUUGAUCGUUCAAUCCUUCAAGAUGGUUCAACUGAUAAUGCUGAAGGGGAUUCUGAGAAUGAUAUGCUGGGCUCAGUGAAGGUUAGGUACCUUUGCUUUGUAAAGGCCCUUGAGUGGAAUGAUGAACCAACUGAAGAGCAUGUAGUGGGUGAAUCUCCUCCUCCUGGGACUGAUGAUAUGUGUCCACAAAAUUCUGAUAAGAAAGAGGAUAACCCAGUGAAUGUACAUGAAGAAAAUGAAUGGGACAAACUACUGCGUGUGAGUGUCACCAGACCACUGAUUUACACUACUCUGACAAACAGAUGGGAGAAAUAUCAAAAUGAAGAGGAAGCAGCUCUUGGUCGAGGGAAGAGGCAGAGGAAAGCUGUUUCUUAUAGGGAAGUAUAUGCUCCACAUCCAAGUGAAGCAAUGAGUGAGAGUGGUGGUGAAGAAGAAAAAGAGCCAGAACCAGAGCCUGAGCGUGAAUAUACACCAGCAGGACGGGCCCAUAAGACAAAAUAUGUCAAACUCCGAGCACGGCAAAAGGAGCUACUUGCCCUACGGAAGAUGAUGAAAGAAGCAAAUCCUGCUGAGGGACUUCCAAAUAAUGAACUCACGCAUUCGCCAGCUAUUGCCAAGGGUGGAGAUCUAGGGGCUGGACCGAUGCACUCAGUUCAAGAGGUGCCUUCUAUAAACUUAGAGGACAGCAAGUACACACAACUUUCAGAAGCUCAGAAUAGCAACACUGACUCCUUAUCAAGGAUUGACAAACUUUCCAAACAUAAAAUGAGCAGUCAUUUUGAUGCUUCUGUCAGUAAUCUAGGCCGUUCUCUCCCUGAUAUUUUUCUUCCAAGUCACCCUAAGGGGGGGCUGAGCAUGACAAAUAAUAUGUCCACCAACAAUUUGUUGCCCGUACUAGGGCUUUGUGCUCCCAAUACAAAACAUAUAGAGUCAUUGGAAAGUAAUACUUCAAAGUUAAAUUGGAGGCAACAUAGACAUGGAUCCAGACAAGAGUUUCCUUUCAGUCUUGCCCCUUGCUCUGGGACAUCCAUGGAUGCUGAGGUCAGAAAUAAGGAAGUGGUAACAAAUACCAAGCUAGCAGAUGCAUCAACAGAAAAUUUACAACCAAGUUUCAAAAAUAGUAUCCCUGAUAACAGUCUUCCAUUUGUUCCAUUUCCACCCUCUGUGCAAGGAAAGGAAUCCGAUGCAUUUGAAAAUUCUGGUGCUAGAUUCUCUCAUUUUCAGGAGAAGAUGGCCUUGUCCAACCUGCCAUUCGACGAAAGGUUGCUGGCCAGGUUUCCACUCACAACCAAGAGCAUACCAAAUUCACAUUUGGACCUUUUGCCUAAUUUGUCCAUAGGAGGAAGACUUGAAUCUUUGAAUGGAGAUCUUCCAACAAUGCCAGCAUUGCCUAAUUUCAAAAUACCCCCUGAAGAUUUAUUCAGAUAUAAUCAGCAAGACAGGGAUGUACCCCCUAUUUUGGGUUUGGGACAAAGGUCAACCCCAUUCUCAUCUUUCCCAGAAAACCAUAGGAAGGUGCUUGAAAACAUAAUGAUGAGAGCAGGAUCUGGAUCAAGUAACUUAUUGAAAAAGAAGUCAAAAUCAGAUGGGUGGUCUGAAGAUGAACUUGACUCCCUCUGGAUUGGUGUUCGUAGGCACGGAAGGGGUAAUUGGGAUGUUAUGCUUAGAGAUCCCAAGUUAAAGUUUUCAAAGUAUAAAACAUCUGAAGAUUUAUCAGUGAGGUGGGAAGAGGAACAGGUAAAGGUCUUUCAGGGGCCAGCUUUUCCCUCACAAAGAUCCUCCAAGACAACAAAGUCUGCCAAAUCAGCACAUUUUCCAAUCUCUGAUGGUAUGAUGGAAAGGGCCUUGCAUGGGAGCAAAUUUCUUUUGCCACCAAAAUUUCAUAACCAUCUGACUGACAUGAAAUUAGGGAUAGGUGAUUCUGCAUCUGGUCUGUCACAUUUUAGUGCAUUGGACCGACCAAGUUUGCAAAAUGAUCAUUUUGUACCUCUUCCAUCUUGGAGUUAUGAUAAAAAUAGAUCUAAAUUUCCUGAAGGUGCUUCUGCUGAAACAUCUGAUAGACCAGGUACUUCUUCCAGUGUACUGACUGAACGACCAUUUCUGCUCAAUUCUUUUGGAACCAGUACCUUGGGCUCUUUAGGUUUGAAUUGCUCAGGCAACAUUGAUGCACAGCAGAAGGAGGAUGACCAAGGAAACACCAAGCGUGGAAAGUUACCCAUACUUCUAGACGAACCACCUAUUGAUAUGCGUGAUAAUCAAGUUAAUGUAGGAAAUGGUGAGUCUACUAGCUCUGGAUUGUUAUCUAACCCCAUAAGAUCUGAUCUUUUACACUCAAAAGGAGAGGAAGUGGGUGGUAGCAGUACUUCAAAAGACAAGCUUCCCCACUGGUUACGAGAAGCUGUGAGCUCCCCAGCCAGACUUCCCGGGCCUGAACUGCCACCCACAGUAUCAGCCAUUGCUCAAUCAGUUCGCCUGUUAUAUGGGGAAGAUAAGCCUACAAUUCCUCCAUUUGUGAUUCCUGGACCACCUCCUUCCCUACCAAAGGACCCCAGGUGUAGUGUCAAGAAGAAAAAGAAGAGAAGAUCACAUAAGUUCAAUCGAGGUCUUCCAGAUUUUGCUGGCAACAUCAGGGACUUGCACAGAAGCCACCAUGUUGAUAAUGGUGCCUCAAGCUCAAUGGGCCCACCAUUGCCUCUACUUUCUCAGACAGGACCUCUUGGAUCUCAGCAGAUUGAGUCUGACCUUAACUUGCCUCUAAAUUUGAAAGGGGCAAACUCGUCACACUCUUCCAAAAAAGCAAUUUCAGGGAUGUCUCCAUCUCCCGAAGUGCUCCAGUUGGUUGCAUCCUGUUCUGGCUCCCAUCUUCCAUCGAUCACCACCGGUGCUUCAAACAUUCUUGACAACAAGCUUCCAAUGCCAAGGCCUGUUGGCAGAGCCAAAUUUAAAGACUCAGAAGGUGCCUUCAAAAAUAAGAAUACUAGGCAGGUUUCACCAAAAAUUUGGUGUCCACCUCUAGAGCAAGAAGUACAUCAUCUUGAUAGUGGAGAUUCCAGCAAGACUCAGUCGGAUCCCUCUCGGGUUGAACGGCCCGAUGAAGUGGAGGUGUCAUCUGAGGGAACUGUCUCAGACCAUGCUGAUAAACCUAUGGACAAUCUCAAGAUGGAGGUGAUGAGUGAGUUCAGUGUUCUCUUUAGCCUUUGUAGCUACAACAUUGGUGUGAUCAAAUAA